AUGACGGGUUUUGUUCGUGACAGGUUUUGUUCGUGGUUUUGGGUUUCGUUGAUAUCCAUCGCGGUGACAGCUCAGGCCUCACAGUCACCGACCGUCCCCGUUCUCUAUCCAUGGAGACUGAAAAAAGGAACUGAAGGGUUAACAAGAGUUCGAAGAGCCUGGGUCAUUCCUCCUAUUGCUGUCUCUGAGAACAGCAGGAAGAUCCCAUUCCAGCUUGUUCAGAUUAAAUCAGACAAGCUUCCCAGCAAUGUGAUUUACAGCAUUAAAGGACCAGGAGUAGAUGAAGAGCCAAAGGGAAUCUUCAGCAUUGACCAUGACACAGGACUUGUGUCCCUGACCACAGUGCUGGACCGUGAGGAGAAGAGCAGUUAUAAGAUCAAAGCUUACGCUGUCGAUGAGACAGGAACACCAUUGGAAGAUCCCACAGAUCUGGAGAUCAUUGUUAUUGACCAGAAUGAUAACAGACCAACCUUUGACCAGCAAUAUUUCAUUGGACAUGUUCUCGAGGGAUCAGCUCCAGGCACACUGGUAAUGCGAGUGACUGCCUCUGAUGCUGACGACCCUCAGACUGACAAUGCUGCUCUGGGCUACUCGAUCAUUGGUGAUGGAAGAGGAAUUUUCCGAAUUGAUCCCACAACGGGAGAGAUCCGUACUGUUGGAGUUGGCCUGGAUCGAGAGAAUAUUUCUGUGUACAACCUGACUCUACAAGUGGCGGAUCUAUCAGGCGAAGGACUCUCCACUACCGCCACUGCAGUCAUCUUCAUCGAUGACAUCAAUGACAAUGCCCCAGAGUUUAUCGCCGCUGAGUUCACUGUUGAAGUAUCAGAGGACAUGGUGGGAUCGGAGAUUGGCAAAGUGAGUGUGGUGGACAAGGACCAACCUGGGACGUCAAACUGGCUUGUGGACUACACGAUUAUUGAUGGCAAUGACCAUGGAUUCUUCAGCAUCAAGACUGAACCGGAGACCAACAAAGGCAUCCUGUUCGUUGAAAAAAAUCUUGACUAUGAGAAGGCUGACAAACACACCCUGACUGUGGAAGUGAAGAACAAGGAAGACAUUACUCCUGGAGCGCCUCAACCUCUCCGUUCCUCAGCUAAAGUCAUUGUGACAGUCACUGAUGUGAACGAAGCCCCCAGCUUUGUGGAAGACCCCCGAGAACUGAGUGUGCCGGAAGGGUUAACAGCAGGAAGCUUUCUAACAGUUUACACAGUCACUGAUCCUGACACAAAGCAACAACAGAACAUCAGUUACGGAAUUCACUAUGAUCCAGCUGACUGGCUGACAGUCGAUGUGAACACGGGGGAGAUAAUUCUUCAGCAGAAGAUUGAGCGCAGGUCUCCAUUCCUGCUCAACCAUCGAUACACAGCUGUAAUCGCAGCCACGGACAGUGGAGAGCCGCCACACACAGCGACAGGAACCCUGGAGAUUCACGUGAUUGAGGUCAAUGAUUUCCCCCCUGUCCUGUACCCACAACUUGGCUUCCUGUGCAGUCAGUGGAACAAGGAUAAUGGCGUUGUCCUCUGGGCAGUGGAUGGUGACAUGGAGCCUCAUGCUGAUCCUUUUCAUUUUGAGAUUAUUCCUGAUGGUUCCACGUAUUCUCAGAAUUGGACAAUUAGCCGCCUAAAUGACACACAUUCUCGGCUGGGAACUCGACAAGAAGUCAGCGAGGGAACCUACAGCCUCCAGAUUCGAGUGAGUGACUCAGGGGAGCCACGUCUGAGCCAGGAUCACACACUGAAUGUGACGGUCUGUUUCUGCAGUAUCAGAGAGGAUUGCACUCCAGGGGUAGCUGCAAUCCUUGGUACCCACGUGGGUCUGAGCUUUGGAGCCGCGAUGGUGAUUCUCGCCAGUGUCCUGCUGUUACUCAUUCUCAUUCUGCUUGUGGCAGUUUCUGACUGUCUUCAUCGCCGACACCAUCAUAAAGGACUCCUGGCUGCUUCUGAAGAUGAUAUCCGAGACAACAUUUUAAACUAUGAUGAACAGGGAGGAGGAGAGGAAGAUCAGGAUGCCUAUAACAUUGACCAGUUAAGAAACCCAGAUGAAGUCCUGCCCUCAACCCCAAUCAGAGGAAAGCAACCAAUCAGAAGAGAUGCUCCCUUCAAUUCUGGGCAGCCGCAGUAUCCAAGAAAACCCCCAGCUGACCCCAAUGACAUCAAGGAUUUCAUCAAUGAGGGAUUGGAUGCGGCUGAUAAUGACCCGAAUGCACCCCCGUAUGAUACUGCUCUGAUCUAUGACUAUGAGGGCGAGGGCUCUUUGGCUGAGACUCUGAGCUCCAUCACGUCCAAGGCUUCGGACUCAGACCAGGAUUACAACUACCUCAGUGACUGGGGCCCUCGCUUCAAGAAGUUGGCUGACAUGUACGGCAACCACUAA